GCUCCCAUCUUCCUCCAUCCUCUGCCUCCCUGUCACACACUCUCAACCAACCUCCCUCCCUCCCUCUCUCUCUCUCUUCUCUCUCUCUGAUUGAUAUACUCCUCCCAUGCUCCUCCCGCUCCUGUGAUGAAGCCAAUGGCCACCAAUGGCAUGGCCCCCUCCUUCUUCCCCGCCAACUUCCUGCUCCAAAUGCAGCAGCCUCUCCCUCACCACCCCCAGCAGCCGGAGCACCACCACCACCACCACCACCACCACCAUGAGGGCCACGAGCACGAGGCGCACCACCUCCUGGCUCCCCCUCCCCCCGCCCUCGUCAGCCCCUUCCUCCACGACUUCGGAGGCGCCAUGGCCGCGCCGCCGCCAAUGCUGGGCGGCGGGCUCGGCAAGCGCAUGUUCCCCGACGGCGGCGUGGGCGACGACAACAACAACCUGCACGCCGCGGAUCCGCAGCAGGACGGGGGCGGCGGCGGCGCGGCGUCGGACGACGAGGAAGGGUCGGCGGCGGCGGGCGGCGGGUGCGGCGGGGAGCGGAAGCGGCGGCUGAGCGUGGAGCAGGUGCGGACGCUGGAGCGGAGCUUCGAGGUGGCGAACAAGCUGGAGCCGGAGCGGAAGGCGCAGCUGGCCCGCGCGCUGGGGCUGCAGCCCCGGCAGGUGGCCAUCUGGUUCCAGAACCGGCGCGCGAGGUGGAAGACGAAGCAGCUCGAGAAGGACUACGACGCGCUCCGCCGCCAGCUCGACGCCGCCCGUGCCGAGAACGACGCCCUCCUCGCCCACAACAAGAAGCUCCACGCCGAGAUCAUGGCGCUCAAGGGAGGCGGCGGGAAUGGCGGCGGAGGAGGAGGAAGGCAGGAGGCGGCGUCGGAGCUCAUCAACCUCAACGUCAAGGAGACGGAGGCGUCCUGCAGCAACCGCAGCGAGAACAGCUCCGAGAUCAACCUCGACAUCUCCAGGCCACCGGCGCCGGCGGCCGCCGCCGACGAGAGCCCCAUCAACACCACCCACCGCGGCCUCCCGUUCUACGCCUCCGCCGCCGUCGACCAGCUCCUGCACAGCAGCGGCCACCCGUCCCCGGCCGCCGCGCCCAAGAUGGAGCUCGGCCACAGCGCCACCGCCGACACGCCCGCCGGCGCCGCGGGCGGCAGCUUCGGUAGCCUGCUCUGCGGCGCCGUCGUCGACGAGCAGCCGCCCUUCUGGCCGUGGACCGACGGCCACCACAGCUUCCAGUGAUCGCACAUCGUCCUCCGCGAGGAUUAAUGAGACAAUGCAUGUGACGAAUGAUCAACGGAAACUAAGAGUAAUCGAUCAGUGUGGCUCUCCAUUUCUUGGCAUCGAUCAAUGCUAGUAGGAGGAGAGAUCACCAAUGCCACGAUGAUGAGUCGUUGAACAAUAUGCAAAUUGAUGAAACAAAGUGAUGGGAUGAUCCAGUUUGAGUUUAAGAUGAGGAGGAAUGAUUGGAGUACACGUCGGAUGGAUCAUGUGUCAGUCUAGGUAGAUUUUGGAUUUGAGUAGUAACCUUUUCUUUUUUCCUUUCUCUUAUUAUUUAAUUUUUCCUUGAUCACUAUUUUUCUGUUUAAUAUUUAUAUAUAGGUGAUUACAUUUGUGAGGCAGUGGUGAUAUUGUUGUGUAUAGGAUUGUGGUACCUUGUGAGUACCAAGAAGUUUCGAACUUGAAAUCAUGCAAUUUUUCUCUCCUUUUUUUUCCCCCUUGUGUGGAUCUACUGUGAAAUGGACAUUAAUACAUAUUUAAUUGAUACUA